UCACACAAAUUUCUAGGAGUUAUUAUCGACCAGGAAUUACGAUUCAAGGAACAUGCCGACUACGCUCUAGCGAAGGGAACUAAGUACACGCUAGCCUGCAACAGGAUGAUAAGGCCAACGAAAGAACUUAGAGGAAAAUGGAUGCGAAGACUAUACCAAGGAGUUAUCAUUCCGAAGAUGUUAUACGCUGCUGACAUAUGGUGUGCAGGAAUAUUAGCGAAGGAAAAAAGCAACAAGGCAGGAGGAAGAGGAGCACGCGGCUUCGCUUCACAAAUGGCCAGAGUACAAAGAAUGGCAGCCCUACUCAUCACAGGCGCAAUGCACUCAACUCCAACUGAUCUACUUGACAUCCACGCUAAUAUCAAACCCUUUCAA